AUGCCUGCCAAAAUGGCACUGGCCAGUUCAAUUUCUAGCAAAGCAGCACCACCACGCUCUGGAAGAGUUUCUGCAGCAGGGGUGGAAGCGCACCAGAGCAAGAUGGAUUUUUUCUGCAAGCUGGGCUAUGGUAAGCAGGACAUCUGCAAAGUGCUGGAGAACCUGGGCCAAGAGGCCCUGGAGGAUGAUGUGCUGAGGGAGCUGAUUCGGAUGGGGAGCAAACCUCAGGCUCUGGGGAACCCGGCUCAGCCCACCCAGCUCAAGCUGGUUGCCCGUGGAUCGUGUAGCACUACACCGGGGCUGAAGUGCCUUGGAGAGGAUGGAAGUGAUUCUUCCGAUUCCUUGAGACCCAUUGUGAUCGAUGGCAGCAAUGUUGCAAUGAGUCAUGGAAACAAGGAGGUGUUCUCCUGCUGGGGGAUCCAGCUGGCGGUGGAUUGGUUUCGAGAGAGGGGGCACACUUACAUCAAGGUUUUUGUCCCGCUCUGGAGAAAGGAGCACCCUCGACAAGACAGCCCCAUUGCAGAUCAGCACAUUCUUCAGGAGCUCGAGAAGCAAUCUGUCCUCAUCUACACCCCCUCUCGGAAGGUGAAAGGCAAGAGGGUGGUUUGCUACGACGACCGCUACAUAGUGAAAGUCGCUUAUGAGCAAGACGGAGUCAUUGUUUCCAAUGACCACUACCGGGAUCUCCAGAACGAAAACCCCGAGUGGAAAUGGUUCAUCGAGCAGCGACUGCUCAUGUACUCUUUUGUCAGUAACAGGUUUAUGCCUCCCGAUGAUCCAUUAGGCCGACACGGACCCACCUUAAGUAACUUCCUCAGCAAAAAGCCAGUGCUUCCCGAAAAAAAAUGGCAGCCUUGCCCUUAUGGUAAAAAAUGCACCUAUGGCAAUAAAUGCAAAUUUUACCAUCCAGAGAGACAACAUCAGGCGCAGCUUUCAGUCGCUGAUGAGCUCAGGGCCAAAACAAAGGUCCCGUUAGCCCCGGGGAGAGAGGAGGAGCGGCGUCAGCGCUCGCCUCACGCAGCCAGAGAGCCUGCACGCCGCGAUGCCUGCACAGAAACUCUGCGGGAAGCCAGAGCCUGCUCUGGGCUUUCCUGCUACCCAGGCAUGUCCCUGGGGAGCUGCUCUGAGCAGACAUUCCUUGCCUGGGCCGGCAGUCCUGGCUCUGACCUGGGGCCGGACCGGCGCUCGCCGCAGCCGGAGCCGCUCCUGGAGAAGAUGUCAGCAGUGUCCAUCGGUGACAGCUACGGCUGCAGCUGGUCCUUGUGCUCCUCUCAGGACAGCGGGGGCACGGGCAGCCCUCACCCCUGCGCUGGCCUCAGGCACAAACUCUUCUCACUUCAUCCCCCUCCGAGCUUGGACUACACCGCCUCCCCCAGGGGCCCUUUCCAGCCAAGAGCGCUCCCACCUGUGCGAGGCGGGAUGUGCCCAGAGCGCAGCUGGGCUCAGGAGCGCCAUGGUGUGCGCGGAACGGGGCACGGGGGCCGCUCCGGCCCUGCUGGUGCUCCGCACGAACAGGCCCUGGAGACCCAGCGCCCUGCUUUGCUGCAGUGCUCAGCUCUGUCCCCUGGCAGGCUCCCCCUGUGCCGGGAGCACCAGCUGCAGCGGCACCGCUGCUUCCCCAGCCGGCCCCCGGGGCAGCCCUUUCAGCUGGAUUCCAGCGACGGAACGGGAUUAUUGCAGAAAGCCCACGCUUACCCCAGUGCCCCUUGCAGGGACCACUGGCCCAUGCCAGCCGCGGGGCCACCCUCUGCCCGGCAAAUAAACAUCCACAGGGAGCUGUGCUCCCCUUACCCUUACAGCACGAUGAGCCAGGUCACGACCUUGUACCCCAGUGUCCAGGAUGAGGGGCCUGGAGCACCUCCCCUAUGA